CAUGAAUUAUUCCUCUACUCUGCCUGGGAUGUCUGCAUGUACAAUAAAACUCGUUCUUUUCUUCUGCUGCAUUAAUUUUGCCGAAAGCUACAAAAUACUGGUAUUCUCUCCUGUAAUAAGUCGGUCUCAUAUGAUAUCUAAUGGAAGGAUUGCAGAUGAAUUGGCUUUGGCAGGUCAUGACGUGGUGUUGUUUGAACCGGAUUUUCUCAACUUAUCGCAUACUGUCAAUCCCGUGAAGCUUGCUCGUCGUUGGCAGGUUCAUGGAUUUCCGUCAUAUUUGCACGAUGUUUUACAAGCAUUUUCUGGCAGUGCUUUCGAGGAGAUAUCUCAGUACACUGCACAACAAGGAUGGCUCCAGUACCAGCAUGCAUACGACAGGCUUUGCGAAGAUCUCAUCAAUCGCGAGACUAUCAUGGAAGAGUUGCGCAUGGAAAAAUUCGAUGGCUUUUUUGGAGAGCAAAUAAGUUUGUGCGGACAUGGCUUAGCCUAUGCGCUCGGUAUCAAAUCUCAUUUUUGGGUGUCUAGCUGUACUGUAAAUGACCAUAUGGCAUGGAUUUUGGGAAUGCCUCAACCACUAUCGUACAUUCCUUCUUAUAGUGGCAUACAUUCGAAUAAAAUGACGUACUUUGAGAGGGUUCAGAACAUUUACGACACAUUUUUACACAUCUACUUCUGGGAUAAAGCAGCUGAAGAGACAAAUAAAGUGUUUAGGAAAAAGUAUGGCGAAAACUUCCCUAAUCUGAAGGAAAUUGCUUAUAAUUCCGACUUGGUGUUUGUGGCCACAGAUGAGUUUAUUGAUAUUCAAAGUCCUACGCUUCCCCACGUCGUUCAUAUCGGUGGAAUAGGGAUUAAGGAUGAUAAAGUCAAUGACGCUUUGCAGGAGCCUUUUGCCGAGCAGAUGCAGAAAGGCAACAAGGGAACCGUGUAUUUUUCGUUGGGAACUUUAGUCAACACCACUUUAUUGCCUGUUAAAGCAAUGACAUCGAUAAUGAAUGCGAUAGAACAGACUCCUGAUCACCACUUUAUUUUGGUUGUAGACAAAUUUGACAAGUUUACUAGGACGCUUGCUGAGACAGUGCCCAAUGUUUAUGUUACCUCAUGGGCUCCACAGCCCGCAAUCUUGAAACAUCCCCGACUCAGGGCAUUUAUCAAUCACGGAGGUUACAAUAGCCUAAUAGAAGCGUCACGAGCUGCAGUUCCUCUUCUCAUCAUUCCCUUCUUCUUCGAUCAAAUUCGAAACGGCCACGCAGUCGAAAACAGCGGAUGGGGAAUAGCUUUGGAUAAACGUGUGCUUGUUGAAGAACCUCAAAAAGUUGUCACAGCAUUGCAUAAAUUACUCACAAACGAAAAUUACAAAAAAGCUGCAGUGAGGAUCUCUACUCUGAUACGAACAAAGCCGUUCAAUGCUUCUGAAAGGCUUGUGAAAUACACAGAAUUUGUACUCUCGAACGGAGGCAUGAAAGAGCUACUAGUUGAGGGGAGAAGAUUGAAUCUUAUAGUGUAUUAUAAUUUAGAUAUAUUUGUGCCAUUAGUAGCUGCUUUCCUGUUGUUUUUCUACAUUACAUUGCGAUUGUUGGCUGCUGUAAAUCAAACUAUGAAAAUUAAAAAAGUCAAGCUGCAAUAA